AUGGAUCGCCAGUCCGUGUACUCUUUGAGUGUGCUGCAACCAGACUACGACAACCUCAACGAGGACACGCGCGGCCAAGUCCAAGCACAACUCGAACAGUUCAUUCUCCAAUUCCGCCUAGAAAAUGCUUUCAUUUACAGAGAUCAGAUCCGCGAGAAUGUCCUCCUCAGGCAAUACUACUGCGACGUGGACGUGGGCCAUCUCAUCUCCUUCAACGAAGAGCUCGCCCAUAGGCUUGUGACCGAGCCUGCAGAAAUAAUCCCGCUGUUCGAAGCUGCAUUAAAGAAAUGUACACACCGGAUCGUGUACCCUUCGACGAAAGACAUCGUCAUUCCCGAACACCAACUUCUUCUUCACUCCUCAGCUGAAGAUACUCCGAUCCGAAACCUAGACGCUCUUACAAUCUCCCGACUUGUUCGAGUUCCGGGGAUUGUCAUUGGUGCCUCGGUCCUAGCAUCGAAAGCAACCGCCCUCCACAUUCAAUGUCGCAACUGUCAUCAAACAAAGGUUCUUCCCGUAGCAGGCGGGUUUACUGGUGUGUCUCUCCCGCGGACGUGCGAUAGAUCAAGGAUGCCCGGAGAUACCCAGUGUCCCAUGGACCCCUAUGUUGUGAUCCACGAGAGUAGCCAGUUUGUCGAUCAACAAAUUAUUAAGCUCCAGGAGGCUCCGGACCAAGUCCCAGUAGGGGAACUCCCAAGACAUGUGCUCAUUUCGACGGAUCGUUACUUGACCAACCGAGUGGUUCCUGGAUCAAGAUGCACAGUUACUGGCAUAUUUUCCAUUUAUCAGAAUAAACAGGCCAAGGGAAAUUCUACAACUUCGGCAGUAGCAAUUAGAACGCCAUAUUUACGCGCGGUUGGGAUUCAUACCGAUCUCGACAACACUGCCAAGGGGAACGCAGUCUUCUCGGAAGAAGAGGAACAGGAAUUCUUGGAGAUGAGUCGGAGACCUGACCUCUACAGCGUAUUUGCAGAGUGCAUCGCACCCUCAAUUUACGGCAACGGAGAUAUUAAGAAGGCUAUUGCGUGUCUGCUUCUUGGGGGCUCGAAGAAAAUCUUGCCAGAUGGGAUGAAACUACGUGGAGACAUUAACGUCCUUCUCCUCGGUGAUCCAGGUACCGCAAAAUCUCAAUUACUCAAAUUCGUAGAGAAAGUUGCACCUAUUGCGAUCUAUACCUCUGGAAAGGGAUCAUCAGCAGCUGGUCUUACAGCUUCCGUCCAGCGCGACCACUCAACCCGGGAAUUCUAUCUUGAAGGAGGAGCUAUGGUUUUAGCGGACGGGGGAGUAGUGUGUAUUGAUGAAUUUGACAAGAUGCGAGAUGAAGACCGGGUAGCAAUUCACGAAGCCAUGGAACAACAAACCAUUUCCAUCGCCAAGGCAGGUAUUACGACAAUUCUGAAUGCCCGGACUUCUGUCCUUGCAGCAGCCAAUCCAAUUUUUGGACGCUACGAUGAUUUGAAAACACCAGGCGAGAACAUCGAUUUCCAGACCACCAUUCUCUCUCGUUUCGACAUGAUCUUCAUUGUCAAAGACAAUCAUGACCGUAAUAGGGAUGAAACUAUCGCCAAACACGUGUUGGGAAUCCAUAAAGGGGGCCAUGGCAUGGAAGAACUGGCCGAAGCCGAAAUCUCUGUGGACAAGAUGAAGCGCUAUAUAAGUUACUGCAAAUCCCGCUGUGCCCCUCGCCUCUCCCAGGAAGCCGCCGAAAAACUCUCCUCCCACUUCGUCUCCAUUCGGAAACAAGUCCACGCGGCAGAAAUAGAAGCCAACGCCCGCUCCUCCAUUCCCAUCACAGUCCGCCAGCUCGAAGCCAUAAUCCGCAUAACGGAAUCACUCGCCAAGCUUUCCCUCUCCCCCAUCGCAACAGAAUCCCACGUCGACGAAGCGAUCCGGCUCUUCCUCGCCUCGACCAUGGAUGCAGUGACCAUGGGGAGCACCCAGGGCAGUAAAGAGCUUAACGAGGAGGUUAACAAGCUCGAGGAUGAGCUAAAGAGGAGGUUGCCCAUUGGAUGGAGUACGAGCCUUGCGACGCUGAAGAGAGAAAUUUGUGAAGGAAAGGGCUAUAGCGAGCAAGCUCUUGCUAGGGCUAUUACGGUGCUCCAGAGGAGAGACACUAUUACUAUUCGGAACCAGGGGGCGCAGGUUUAUAGAAGUGGGGCGUGA